CUCGCAAGAGGCAGCUCCGCUCCGCACUUGCCCAGCCACGCCACGGCGCCGCUCGCGAUCGACGCCAUGCUCCGCCGGUGGAUCCCUCGCGCCCGCGCAUUCUCCACCGCGCCCGCGGCGGCCACCCGGACCACGGUGCCGGUGGCUCAUCUGGCCCCGCUCCCCGCGUCCCUGCCCGACUCCGGCUACACGGUCACACCGCCGGUCAAGCCCUGGCCGCGCCGCCUCACCCCGCGCGCGCUCUCCCGCCUUCUCCUCCGCGCCCCCACGCCGCACCUCGCCGUGCUCGCGCUCCGCCACGCGCUCUUCCACACCACCCCACCCCUCGCCCUCUCGCUCCCUGUCUUCGCCGCCGCCCUCUCCCGCCUCUCCUCCGCCACCCCAGCCGACAUCGCCCGCCUCCUGCCCCCCAUCCUCUCCUUGCUCCGAGCCGCCCGCCUCCCGGCCUUCUCCGAUCGCCUCUUCCUGCCGCUCCUCCGCGCGCUCCCGCCGCUUCCCUCCCUCCGCCUCUUCCUCUCCCUCCCGUCAUUCAACUCCCGCCCCUCCGUCCGCUCAUUCAACGCGCUCCUCCACUCCCUCGUCUCCGCGCGCCGCCUCCGCCUCGCUGCGGCGCUCUUCCGCGCGGCGCAAGCUAAGCUUUACAUCACUCCCAACCUCGUCUCCUGCAAUAUCCUGCUUAAGGGGCUCGUUGGCAUCGGUGACCUCGAUGCUGCGCUCAAGGUGCUCGACGAAAUGACUGGGUGGGGGGUCGUUCCGGAUGCUGUCACGUACACCACGGUUCUCACUGCGUACUGUGGGAAGGGGGAUCUUCAGGGUGCACAGAAGCUCUUUGAUGAUAUAAUUGCCAAUGGGUGUAGACCGGAUGCGACGAUGUACACGGUACUCAUCGAUGGGUACUGCCUGCGUGGGAAGCUACAGGAUGCAGCCAGGAUUAUGGAUGAGAUGGAAUCCACUGGGGUGCAGCCAAAUGAGGUUACAUACUCCGUGGUGAUCGAGGCAUGUUGCAAGGAGGGGAAAUCUGUUGAGGCACGUGAUUUGAUGCAGGAGAUGCUUGGGGCAGGAUACAUUCCGGAUACACCACUCUGUGCUAAGGUGGUCGAUGUGCUAUGCCAAGAUGGAAAGGUCGGGGAGGCAUAUGCAAUGUGGAGAUGGAUGGUGACGAAGAACAUGCCACCAGAUAACACUGUUGCAAGCACAUUGAUCUAUUGGUUGUGCAAGAAGGGAAUGGUUCAGGAGGCGAGAAAGCUGUUCAAUGAUCUUGAGAAGGGGUUUGUGCCAAGCUUGAUGACAUAUAACUCACUUAUUUCAGGAUUAUGUGAAAAUGGGAAGUUACAGGAGGCUGGGAAGGUGUGGGAUGACAUGGUUGAACGACGAUAUGAACCAAAUGUAAUGACUUAUGAGGCCUUGAUCAAGGGUUUCUGCAAAAUGGACAAGUCAAAUGAAGGGGCUGCAAUCUUUGAGGAGAUGGUGGCCAAAGGGUGCACCCCAAGCAAGUUUCUUUACCAAGUAUUGGUUGAUAGCCUUUCUGAUGAGGAUAUUGUUUGCAAGAUUCUUGAAGCUGCAAUGUUAAGUGGACGGGAUUUCUUGGACGGUGAAUCUUGGGAAAUCUUUGUUAGGAGUGUGGUAAAUGCAGGUGAAACUUGGAGCAAGCAUCUUGAUUCAGUGCUAAGUACAUAACCACAAGUAGUUCAGAUUAUAGCUGGAACUUUUUAUUUGUACCGAGAUUUUUUUUUUUUCUCAUGGAACUUAAUGCCAUUGGGUUUCUAUGGGAAAAUACUCAGGUUAUUGUGUGUCUCUGAGCUUGAUAUGAAUGGGAUGUAUACAGAUCAGGAAAGUUAAGUUAUGAAGCAGAUAUAUAACAGAAUAUUGCUGUUGCUAAGAGUGGUAAGCAGUCUAAACCAGGUGUCUUUCUUUGUUUAUUUGCAGUUACAUAAAGAAGAAGAAAACAUCGAUAAAUCCAAGCACAGGGCUAACACAAGUCAGAAGAUCCUCAUGUAUACACUGGGCAUCCCUUGACAAUUAUACCUUCAGCAGUGGGGCAAGAGGCCAGCGGACAUCCAUCUAAGUCAUUGCCCCACCAGUUCAAACUGAUGUUCUCCAAGCCUAGGCAUAAGUAAAUCAGGACGGCCAUGAAUGCCAAACCAGCAUCUAAUGCACCUGAAAGCAGAUAAUUGUGUCGCUCCCACCAGUCACGCCGAUAUCUGUAGACCACAUAACCUGACAAAAACCCAACAAGUAUCCAUGUGGUGUAGUUGACUGCAGUAGCAGGUGGCAUCUGGCCAGUGGCACCAAUCAGCACGGGCAUAUUGAUAAGUAAGAUCCAGUUCUGGCCUGGGAAUGCCUUGUGUGCAAGCCAUACAAGGAGGGGGGCAAUAGCUCCACCCAAGAAGAACCAAUUCACCGCCGAGUAAGUGCCUAAGUCGCCAAAUAUUCUGCGUGGACUAAUAAGACCCCAUAUAACUGAUGCAUCAUAGAACACAUGAUCACCCGGGCAGGUCCAAGGGCUGUCUGCUGGGAGGAGCUCAGUGUUGCAGAUGUAGGGGACUGUGUCCAUCAACCACCAUGCUGUCCCAAUGUAUACAAAUGCUGCAAUCAGAGUUCCCACCACCUAUCAUAUUACAAGAAGCUGCUUAGUGACACAAUGCAACAGAGUCAUGUGUUUUAUUUGCAGAGGAUAAUUGGCUAGAUGAGCUUACCUGAGCCAUGAACAUGGUCCUUGGGGGAAUCUUCAUGUAAUGGCCCAGCUUAAAAUCUUGCAGGAAAGUCAGAGCUUGGCUCAUGCUGAUGUAGCCAUAUACCUUGAAACACAUAUUUGCAACGGGUCGACCAGGGUACAAAUACCCCAUGAUGUACUCUGUGAUAAUGUUCAGGCCUGGAGUCUGCAUCCAACAGAAGAAGCUGAAGUGAUGAGCUAGUGUUCUUGAGCUGUGUGUUAUAAUAUGCACAUGUGUUAAAUAUUCGUACCUGGUUUGUUGUUGCUGUGAUUAUCCCAAUUGGGAGGGUGAAGAAAAAGGCAAGGGCACAAGCAAGCAAAACACCCCACCAGGGUAACUGGAGUUGGUCAAUGUAGUAUUCACAAGCAAAUAUAGUGACAGCAAUGUUAGCAAUAAGGAUGCAGAUGAACCACCACUCAGGGACCUGCUUAUAUCUCCUCAUAAGUUUUGUAUACUGACAAAGUUCGGAAGAACUCACCUUCCGUGAAAGAGGAGAACAUGAACGAUUGUCGCGGUGAGGGAUGCGAAGCCUACACCAUAUGUGACAGCAAAGAAAGUGCUGAGGUACAGCGGGCCAUUCUUCUCGUAGGCCUUUGUGUCAAAAUGGAAGUGGGAGUCCACGAUGCUCGAGAUGUUGUAUUUUUGCCCAGUCGUGGUGAAGAGGCCAUCAGAAAAGAUGGGGAAGUUUUGCGCCUUGUAGAAGUUGAACCAGUAAGCAAUUGGCGUGAUUAUGUACAUGAUGAUGAAGAAGCCAGCGGCAACAUUUGCGGUGGCAAACCAGGGGCUGGCAAGAGGGCUCCCGAGGUAGGAGGAGAUGGAGGACCAGUCGAGACCGAUCGCUCCAAUGCCAAGGCCUUUGAGACCUGAGCCGAGCUGCUGGGCGAGCACGGAGUGGGGGAAGACCCAACAGAUCCAGGAGAGGGAGGUGAGCAUCUGGAAUAGGUAGCCUGGGAAUGUGUAGUAGGCGAAGCUGAAGAUGAAUGCCACCAGGAAGAACUGAUUGCGCGUCAAGCCACCUUUGACCCGUCCUUCUUUCUCAUGAAGUGCCCUGAUGAGCAGAUACGUUGUAAACGUGUUUGUCAGCUCGUUCUCUUAUGAAAAGAAUUAUCCCUAUGAAAAAAGGUUAUAUUGCUGGCAUGUUGAGGAAGAACACGAAUGGAAUCGAAAAAUGUCCAUUUUGUUUGAA